AUGAAGUGAUCCACACACUGCGGCCAGAUCUGCGAUAAUGAGGAAGCCGGAUGCUCCUCCCAGUGGCAGCACCGGCGGUGGAGGUAACAAGCUGAGGAAGGGGCUGUGGUCGCCCGAGGAGGACGAGAAGCUCAUGAACUACAUGCUUAGGAACGGGCAAGGGUGUUGGAGCGACGUCGCCCGGAAUGCCGACUUGCAGAGGUGCGGCAAGAGCUGCCGGCUUCGGUGGAUCAAUUACCUGCGCCCUGAUCUCAAGCGCGGCGCUUUCUCCCUCCAGGAAGAGGAGCUCAUCGUCCACCUUCAUUCCAUCCUUGGCAAUAGGUGGUCUCAGAUCGCUGCGCGUUUGCCUGGUCGAACUGACAACGAAAUAAAGAACUUCUGGAACUCCACCAUCAAGAAGAGGCUAAAGAACUCCAACAACAGCGGAGAUGCGGAGACCAGAGGAGGAGCCGCGAGCCUUGCACACGUAAAGGAGCAUCAACUGCAGGGCAUGUACGUGGACUCCUCCUCCUCCUCGUCGUCUUCUUCGAUGCCUGGUGGUUUGUUCAUGGCCAACCAGUAUGACCUGCUGCCCCUCCCCGAGGUCGGCUGCGGCAUGAUCAGAGUCGAAGACAGCUCCUACUUCCACGAACCACCAACCGUAGCCCAAGCCGGCAUGGAGAAUGGGUUCUAUGGGGAUGGCCAGGGAGUGAUGAUGGUGGAAGGAGGCCUCACGGGAGGAGGAUGCGAGCUCUUUGUGCCCCCUCUCGAGAGCAGUCAAGAAGAGACCCUCAUGAACGAUGGAGGUGCAGGGAGCAUGGUGAGCAGUGCCGACAUCAGCAACAGUGGUGAUGUGAACAAGAUCCAAAGCGGAAUGCUUUGGGAGGACGAGGACAUUAGAGUGGGGGAGUGGGAGUUGGGAGACUUGAUGAAAGAUGUCUCCUUUCCUUUCCUUGAUUUCCAAGUCGAAUGAUGGGACAUUCAUUCCACAGGUAUAUCACCUCCACAACCCAUCUCUCUUUCUUCUCCUUUCCUCAACCUUACAUCUGCUUGCCUUUCUCUUGCCACUCCAUAUACAGCAUGCCAAAUAUGUUUCAGAUACAAAAGAAGAA